UCCCAGGGCCCCCAGGAGGUGACCCCGCCCCGGGGCGGGCGCCGCAGGUCCCGCUUGGAGACGCCGGGACGUUCCCGGUGCCCUCCAGCCGCAGCCUCCCGCACUGUCGCCGUUACCAGGAGACAGAGUCGCAUUCCACAGCCUGCCCUGCGGGCGGGCCUCGCAGCUCCAGCCAUGGCGUAGGGCCGUGCCUCGGGCCAUUCCCGGCGCCAGGGGUCCGUUCCCAGUGCCAGGAUGCCGUCCCUGCCGCAGGACUCGCCGGCCGCGGGGUUGGGGACGGGGUUCCCCGUGGUGAGGGGCCCCCCCUCCGAGCUCUUGGGCUUUUAUGUCACCACCUACGAGGCGUCCUUUGGGCAGAGGCCCAGGGGGGCACCCCAAAAACUCGAGGGGGGGCGCGUUUUGGGGGCGGAGCGCCCCGGUGACAGGGAUGUGCACCCCCUCCUCGGUGUCCACACCGGCUCGGGAUACGUCGCCAACAACUACGCGGCGGUCUCGUCCCUCAUCUCCCCGUUCGUGGAGCGCCAGGACACCGACGUGUCCACCACCUCCGAGGACUUCAAGCUCUUCGCGCACCCUGCCUACCAGAGGAUCUUGCCCCACUGUGUGGAUGAGCUGGAGUGUUGCUAUCCCGCUGGCUUCUCCUUUUCCCGCCUCCGUUUUGGGGAGAUGAGGGUGCCAAAAGCAUCCAGGGAACGCGGCACCUGGAGCCGCUGUGCCGCUCCUGCCCAGCCAGAUGUCCCACAGAGGACGACGGAGCUGUCGGGCUUCACCGGGACCGCCCCCAGGAGUGACCUCACCCUGCCAGAGCAGCCCCUCGACUUCAGUGAUGCUCGGAUGGAUUCCUUUCCCUCCAUGUGCACCUCUCCCCAGCCUGCCAUGGGCCACCCCCCGCCCUUCGCCCCCCCGGAGCUCCAAGCGGGACCCAAGGGAGUCACUUCCAGGAAGGAGCCGUUGUCCUACGCCACUGUCCACAACAAGUACCUGACCAAGCUCUCGCCACUGGCCCCCAUAGCACCAGGCUGGUGGGCGCAGGCUCCAAUUGCCUGGGCGCCGAGAUCCGUGGAGGGCAUCCAGAUCCCACCUCCCAGCGGCUUCAGCACCAACAACCACCCCACCAGCCUGUGGCGCAUCGAUGAGCCCCUGGCGUGACCCCCCUCAAAAACGUGCUGCCGCAUCCCGGGAGUCCAUCCUCGGCUUUUUCCAAAUCCCCGUGGGAGAAAUAAAGACUUUGCGCACGA